CAAAGGCCUUCCAGGCAGUGGGACCUGGCCCAGAGCACAGUGACUGUGGUGGAAGCAGGGAACACAGCAGGAGAGACAUGAAUGCACACGGCACUGCUGCUUCACCUCUCCACCCCGACCCCCAUCCACAGCACGUCCGUCCGUCCGUCCAUCAGCUCGAGUAUUGAGAGUAGUGCCUGGCACCAAUGAGAAACAUGCAAAGCAGAGAACGGAGCAAUCUAGUCGUUCCAAGCUGGGACACUGGAGCCUAGCUUCGUGUGUCGAACCUGACUCUGUCCCAGAGGACAGUUCCAUCUGUAAGAUUGGGCCGAGACAGCUCAUGCGACUUUGCGGUGGUGUGAAAGUGUGCCUACGCUAUCUGUCACCACUGCAGGUGCCUACGCUAUCCAUCAGCACUGCGGGUCCGCACUCAGUGAAGGAACCGAGGCAGUGCGCACCAACGGAGGCUUUGGCUUUAGUAGGCUGGCUCAGCUGCUCCAGCGACAUUCUGAACACACUGAAGGCAGGGCAGGAGCACCGUUGCUCAGUAGGUCAGCAGUCUGAGUGCAUCGUCCCCGUAUGAUGGCUUACAGCAUCCGUAGAACUGGCCUCAGAUUGCAGCGAAGGCCAGGCCUGUCCUGGAGGAGCUGGAGCAGUGCUGGCUCCCUGCCUGCUGGCACGUGGAGCCCCGUAGAUGCCCUUGUUCCUCCUGGUAUUUACAACUAGCCCAGGAAGCACACUUCUUGUUUUCUGUGGAUUGUGGUAGCAUCUGUAUAAAUGUGGGAUUUUUCCCUGGGCCUUGUGAGUCAGCCAGCCCUCAAGAGCUCACAGCUCAAGAUGCUCACAGCAGAUCCGAAGGCACUGAACCAACAUUUUCUCCCCUGAUAGAGCGGAAAGGCCUGUCCUUGAUGUGAAGAAACUAGUCUACAAGAUGCACAGCCAGGAUGGCCCCACAUUAGCCUGCCCUGAGAGAAGCCUUGUUCUCCUCUGACGCCUCCCACUAAUCCAGCCUGCAUUUAGUGACUUUUUCUUUUUUCUUUUCUUUCCUUUUCUUUUCCUUUUUUAAGGACUCACUGAAUUCCCAGGCUUGCAGUGUAAUUUGAGCACGUGAAAAGUGUUUAACCCUUUCAUUCUUAGAUUCUUAGUUUUUACUUCACACAAUAGCUAAUGACAAAUCUGUAGCAGAACAUAACUAACUCUUCAGGGUAGUGCCUGUUGCCAGAAUAAGAAAUCCCUGUGCAGAAAUUCAGAAGCCAGGUGUUGAGCUGGAGCUCACCCGCUCUGAGCUGCUGUGGAGGCCUGUGUGGGGCAGCCUUCGCCAGCCUCUGGCUGCAGACAGGCACCAGUGCAGAGGUCACAAGUACCAAGGUCCUGUGAGCAGCUCUAAUUGUCUCAUCACAGUGACAACCCGACUGCCCGCCCCCACAAAACAGGAGGUGUGGCACCUUGGUUCAGAUGUGACACAGAGGUUGUCAUCUGUUUCAUGGAGCUCUGGCCACCAGCCUGUGUUUUACAAAGAACGGAAACCUUGAAUUGUUUGGUCACAGUGGUGACAGGUCUUCAGCAUGUUAGUGAUACGUUUAGAAAAAGCAGGGCCAUCUUCCUUUGUGCAAAUAGAAACUUAGCCAGAGCAGCAGCUCCCCGCUCAUGGGCUCUGGCCUCAGGGAUGGGGUGUAGCUGCUUAUGCAGCUGAGAAUUUCUUGACUUUUAUACUUUGGAACCGUCAGGCUGCAGUUGAUGAGUUUCGCUCAGUUGUGGGUAAUAACUCACACUGUGGCUACAAAGCACUUUGCAAAAUAGAAACGGCUUCUAUGCAUGCGCUAAAUGACUAGCCUCACUCUGAAAUGAGUUCUCCCACAACCCCCUGUGAGACCUGCUUUUCUCCCUAGCACAGAAGUGGAAGGGAGAACAGUCCUUCUUUACCUGUCUGGGACCCAAAUAGACUAAGGACCUGAGUUCUCUCCAGACAGCACCCGCCAGGCUCCUGUGCUUGGCCAAAGUGGGGUGCACCCUAGAUUGGGGACCUAGAUGGUCUCAGGGCCCCAAGCUGCACAGUGGCAAAGCACAAGUUCUCUCUUCCGUUUUCCUGGCACCUUCUUCCUUGUUGUGUAUCCGUGUCCCAAGCCCUACAGGUGGUCACCAGUUGUGCCCCCACCUUCCUAGUGAUGGAGAGGCUGGUUCAAGGCAUCCUUGUUUGGUGGCUUUGCAGUCAUCAGCCUUGACAUUCUGUGUCCCCUGGGGCAGUUCUCUUUUGCCCUAUCUUUCUGUUCUGGGAGUGUAUAGGCUGUUUUGGCUCCUUCUGUAAGGAAGCCCCUUCUGAUGAUUAAAAGAGUCCAAGGUGACCUCUGGAGUAGGCUUUCUACGUGCACGCCUUAUCUCCACCAUUGAAGGUCAGCAAUCCCAGAAGUCUGCCUGUUUUCCUCUGAUUUCUCCAGUGCUGCUGUAUUUACUCAGAUCUAACACAGCUUCUGGGUGGGUGAGACAGUUUGUUUCACUCACGGAGUUGAAGUGUGAAAGACUCAGAAGGGUACAGUGAAAAGCUGCCCAGCUCUCCGCCCCAGAAGCCACCAGUAGGGUCAGCUUCUGGUAUAUCCUUCUGUAGUCUCUCCUUAGAACUCUUGAAAUAGAAUUGAGAAGCCUCACAGGAAUGUGUAUCUAAGGAAAGUAAGAGACUGUAAUAAGGCCUCCCUCAUACAUGGAGGCCUUCCCCAGGCUCAGGGGACAGCUCAAAGAUGGUGCCCGGCCCCCCAGCCACAUCUGGAGGCUCAAAAGGAAUUUUGGUCUUUGUCCUUGUUCAGAAGUACCUGCUGCCCCUCAUCCUGGGAGGCCGAGAGGACCGGAAGCAGCUGGAGAGGAUGGCGGCGAGUCUCUCGGAACUGAGUGGCAGUGUGGCCCAGACAGUGACUCAGGUACAGACAACACUGGCCUCUGUCCAGGAGCUACUGAGACAGCAGCAGCAGAAGGUCCAGGAGCUAGCCCAUGAGCUGGCCGCUGCCAAGGCUACCACAUCAACCAACUGGAUCCUGGAGUCCCAGAAUAUCAAUGAGCUCAAGUCAGAAAUCAACUCUCUGAAAGGACUUCUUCUGAAUCGGAGACAGUUCCCUCCCUCCCCGUCAGCCCCGAAGAUCCCCUCCUGGCAGAUCCCAGUGAAGUCUCCGUCACCCUCCAGCCCCGCGGCCGUGAACCACCACAGCAGCAGUGACAUCUCCCCUGUCAGCAAUGAGUCUCCGUCCUCCUCUCCAGGGAAGGACGGCCACAGCCCUGAGGGCUCCACAGCCACAUACCGCCUGCUGGGGCCUCAGGAAGAGGGGGAAGGGGUGGUGGACGUCAAGGGCCAGGUGAGGAUGGAGGUGCAAGGGGAGGAGGAGAAGAGGGAGGACGAGGAGGGCGAGGAGGAUGAGGAUGAUGACGUGAGCCACGUGGAUGAAGAGGACGUCCUCGGGGUACAGAGGGAGGACAGACGGGGCGGCGAUGGGCAGAUCAAUGAGCAGGUAGAGAAGCUGCGGCGGCCAGAGGGCGCCAGCAAUGAGAGUGAGCGAGACUAGGGCUGGCGCUUGGUUGCCCGCCUUCCCAGUGCCCCAGGGCCUCAGAGGCGGGUGGGCAAGAGUUGUGGCUCUGCUUCCAUGAGGGGGGCCGGAAACCCAGGUAGGGGUGGGGCCGUCCUUCCGUGCAGUGUGGGCUGCGUUUCUUUUCACCAGCCUCCCAGACAGGUUCCCAGCCCCAGCCACGGGCCCAGGCCGAGAACUCGGGAGCUCUGCACUCCAGCCCCCUCCUUGACGGGUGUCUUGUCUAGGUGUGUCCUCUGAGUACCUUGACCACCUGACACCAUGCAUGGCCAGAGCUCAUGUCAUUUCCUGCCUCUGUCACCUCAGUGCAGGGGAACUAUGGCCCCCCUCGGUCUUGCUGUCUCCCCCACUGUGCCCUGGCCUGGCUUGUGGCUUCUUCUUUGCCUGUUCCAAUAGCCAGGGUGCCAGCCCCGCUCUUCAUCUCUGGGGCUGCCAGCCUUCCCACAGCCAGGUCCUGGCUGACAGAUGCCGCCCUUGGGCGCCUGUCCCCAGCCCACCUGCCCGUUGUCUUCUAUACCACACGAGACGUCCUCGCUUGCUGUGUCGUGGUUUAGCUACUCAGUGGUGAGGCGUGCUUCUCCCUCCUGCGGUGGAGGAGGCAGCAGGGCCUUCCUGACCAACAGCCAUGUCUGUCCUUCCCACUGAGAAACACAUGUUCAUUUACGUGAUCAUGUAUAGAUUUCAGACUAUAAGAUAAGACUGUACAUAAUGUAAUAAAUACGAGUUGCCAUAUUUAA